AUGGCUGCUCCGACCAAGUUCAGCUCUGUCAGGAGCAUUCUGGAUUUGCCUGAACACGACGCCGAAACGGCUCCGCAGACCUCCCCGGUCCACUCCUGCUCCGGCUCCCCUUACUCCCCUUGGAUGGACUGCGACCGGUGCGCCUCUUCGGAUGAGGGCAGCGUCGAGGCCUCCCCGGACUCCACCAAGCCGGAUGACUCCGCCGCCGAUUCGGAGGACAGCAACGCGACGACGACGAAGAAGAAGAAGAAGAAGAAGAAGCGCCGCGUGCUGUUCUCCAAAGCCCAGACCCUGGAGCUGGAGAGGCGCUUCCGCCAGCAGCGCUACCUGUCCGCCCCCGAGCGCGAGCAGCUGGCGCACCUCCUCAGCCUGACUCCCACGCAGGUCAAGAUCUGGUUCCAGAACCACCGCUACAAAAUGAAGAGAGGGCGGUCGGAGGUCGGGGCGCAGGACUUAAGCCAGCCUGCCUUUCUGCAUCGCAGGGUCGUGGUGCCGAUCUUGGUGCGGGACGGGAAACCGUGUCAGGGCUGCGUGUUUGACUCGGAGAAAGGAGGCUGCGUUGCGCCCGCCGCCUCCGCAGCGGCCUUCGCCUUGGCCUACCGGUCCGUCCAGCAUCCUCCGCCGCUCCGCCUGCCCCCCAGUCCCGGAUACCAGCACUUUCCCUGCCCGGCGGUGUCCUCACACGCGUUUUCUUGGAGGGACUUGUGGACCGACUCAGCUCACUUCCGUCCUUUCAAGUGA